UAAUGUUCUCACCUGCCUUCAGUGCAAUCAGGAACACCGGCCGAGCCAGAGGUGCGAGCCGCAGCUGGACGGCUGGCAAAGAGGCUGAGGAAGAACUCGGCAGAGGGGCGAAGCUGGCAGCCCCACGGGCCACCUCGGUGGGUGGGGGCUGGCCGGGGUGCAGCAGGUAUUUUCCAACCAGCAGGAUGGUGAAUCUGGAUUUAACGCACGCAGAAAUGAAAAUGAACGGUGAUGUGGCGGAUUCCACAGAAAUGAGGAAUGACGGCAGUCACCGAGAUCCUGGAAAUGAACGGAAUGGCUUAGACUUCAGCCGACAGAUUAAAACAGAAGACCUCAGCGAGUCCUUGCAAACGUCUCUCUCUUCCAGAUCAGGUCACCUAGUCCAGGGAUCUGCCAUGAUGCCUGGUGGACAAAUUCCUGGGAAUGUGAAUUCUCUUCAUACUUUGCAGCAACUCGUGCAAGUCCCGGGGCCUAUGCAGUCUGUCCCGCUAUUCUUGCUUUCUCAAGGCCCAGCAGGACAACAAGCUCUUCAAUCAAACCUUCUCUCCUUUCCUCAGCAGCAAAGUGGACUUCUCCUCCCACAGCAUGGACACAGCUUAGCAUCUCAGGCAGUGGGACGUCCUGGACACCCUGGGUCAUCAUUGGAGCCUCACCUGGAGGCCCCACAGCACUUACAAGUAUCCAAACACCUGCCGUCCUCCAUGGCAACAGAUGAAGCCAAUGAUUUGGAAGAGCUGGAAAAAUUUGCCAAGACUUUUAAACAGAGGCGCAUCAAACUGGGGUUUACGCAGGGCGAUGUGGGUCUGGCUAUGGGAAAACUCUACGGAAAUGACUUCAGCCAAACCACCAUUUCUCGCUUUGAAGCUCUCAACCUGAGUUUCAAGAACAUGUGUAAGCUAAAACCACUCCUGGAGAAGUGGUUGAGUGAUGCAGAGUCCUCCCCCUUGGACUCGUCCGUCAGCAGCCCGAGUUCCUACCCCUCUGUAAGCGAGAUGUUUGGGCGCAAGAGGAAAAAACGAACCAGCAUUGAAACCAACAUUCGCUCCACGCUGGAGAAACGGUUCCAGGACAACCCCAAGCCCAGCUCGGAGGAGAUAGCCCUGAUUGCAGAGCAGUUGGCCAUGGAAAAAGAAGUGGUCCGCGUUUGGUUCUGCAACCGGAGGCAGAAGGAAAAACGCAUCAGCUGUCCGAUGCCCUCCCCCAUAAAGUCACCCCUCUACAACUCCAGACUGGUUUCUACCUCAGGAUCUUUGGGUCCCCUUUCUGCCCACAGUUCCAUGCAUGGUGCAGUCUCUUCUUCCUGUUCUCCUGGCCAUGCCAGCCGAUCCUCAUCGCCCGGCGCAGGACUUCACUCCAACAAUCCCAGCAUGCCUCAGAGUAACUCUAAAGUAGCCAUCAAUUCAUCCAGUUUCAACUCUUCUGGAUCAUGGUACCGAUGGAAUCAGCCGACUUACCUCCAUUAAAACAUCACUCAGGAAGAACAUCCAGAGCUCCCGGUUUGUUUUUUUCCUCUGUAGACAAAAAGAAAAGAAAAGAAAAGAAAAAUUGGGAGAGACGUCACUUCUUUCCAUGCACGACUCCUCCGGGAGGUGUUCCUUCACGUUUGGCACAUUGGCAUAGAUGACUUUGGGCAAAGCCAAAUCUCCCGUCGCCCGACCGAUGCAAACCGAACUCUCAAAAGAAACUCGAGCUACAACGGGUCCCUCUUUCUCUCUCGGCUCGAGACGAGGCGGUGUGUGGUGUGUUCGUGCGUCCCCUAUAAAAAACAAAAGCCCACCAGCUUGCCAGCAUCUUCUGCAGAAAAGAUGUCCCUUCUAGGCCCAGACAGGCCCUUGAGGAUUCCCUAAUCUGAGCCAAAGUUGGCCAAAUUAUUUCAUUUUAAGGAUUGAACGGUCCUCUUGAUCCCUUGUUCCUCUUCAGGGGGGGCGGAGAACAAAGCGAUGAAUGGCCCCUUGUCGGUGUGAGGUGCAUCUAAUGUUAGCUACUCAACAUUUUGAAGUGCAUUUUUUUUUAGCAAGGGGUGGGGAAGGGGGAGGGGGUUGUUCGUUCUGCAGGUCUAUCAGGGUGAGAAUCCAUAGCCGGGUGGGGUUGAGAAGCAACAGGGCAGAAAUAAACCGAUGCGCCAUCUUCUAGGCUUCCAAGGGAUGGCGUGUUGGGAUUCUGGGCAGUGGUGAAAUCCAAUUUUUUUUUUUACUACCGGUUCUAUGGGCGUGGCUUGGUGGGUGUGGUGUGGCUAACCCAAGUCGUCCUCUUUGCUUGAGCUGCUCUUGCCUUCUGGCAGCUCUUCUCAUGCUGUCGUGUCCCACUCCUCCGCUGACGGCCGGGUCAGGUAAAUCCUAAUCAGGCGUGCCUCUGCAGCUCUGCCAAAGUCCUAGCAAAGUCCUCAGGGCAGGCAGGAGACCAGAAAGUGACUUCAGCAAGAUAUGUUUAGACUUUGCCUGACUCAGAGAAUGCCAGAAAGCAGGUCCUUUAUAUAGGCCAUGGGGUGUGGCUCCAUGACUCAGCACUUAUCCAGGCCUGCCCCUCCCUUCCUUCUGUUGCCUCCGCCUAUCAAGUCUUCUGACGCGAGGGUCACUCCAGUCUGCAGCUGUUGGCAAUUGACCUCCCUCAGGCUCACAUGCUGUGGAGGAGGGGGAGGGGUCUAGUUGCUCCGUUUGCCUGGGCAUGGAGCCAGAGCUGGGGGCUGGAGAUACUUCCUCCUCUUCAGCCUGUCUGGGCAUGGAGCCAGGGCUGGGGCCGGGAGGCAUACUAGGACAUUCCUCCGUGUUCGGAAGCAGAUAAGAAGGCCCCGGCUGUGGUGAGAUCGGACGAGACACAACACAUGCGUGCAUUGGGAACAGGCUCCUCCUGUUCCUCUGCCUCACUACUAUCAGUCUCUGGAGGCUCUGGAGUCCGCACCUCACUCUCCGAUGGCCCUGGCCCCACCGCUGCCUCAUCACUGUCCGACUCCGUUGCCAGCUCCGCAGGCUGCUGGCGGACCACAACAAUGUAGACAUCUCCCUUUUUUCCUUGUGCACAUGGAUAGCCCUCGACUAACAGUCAUAAUUGGGAUCGCUGCUAAGCAAGGGGAGGGGGGUUGGUAAGUGAGCUGUGCCUGAUUGUACAAGCCUUUUUGCCAUGGUCGUUAAGUGAAUUGUGCAGUCAUUAAGCAAAUCCCGCUUCCCCUAUUGACUUUGCCUGUGGGAAACUGACCGGGAAGGUUGCAAAAUGGCACAACCCUGAGACACGGCAACCUAUGGGCUGCCAAACGCCCUGAUUUUGAUCAGGUGACCGUGGGGAUGUUGCAGCGGUCGUAAGUGUGAGGACUAGUCAUAGGUCACUUUUCUCAGUGCUGUCGUAACUCUGAGCAGUCGCUAAACGAAUGAUUGUAAGUCAAGGGCUGCCUAUGGUUUCUUUUUUUAGUACCUUUCCAGGAGAAGUUGCAGUUGACUGGAUGUCCGGUCUCAAAGGGUCUGGUCAGUUUCACCACUUCCUUUGUGAGGGAAGGAAAACUUUACUCUCCAGGUGUAGCUUCAUUUAGAGCCAUGUGUCUCUGCUCCAGUUACGUUCCUCCGGUUUCCAAGCUUUGCAGCGCUACGUGGUGGGGAAGAACAGGAAUGGGCGACUAUGGCAACUUUACAAUCUGUGGACUUCAACUCCCAGAAUUCCUGAUCCAGCCAUGCUGGCUCAGGAAUUCUGGGAGCUGAAGUCCAUGCUGAUUCAGGAAUUCUGAGAGCUGAAGUUCAUGCUAGUUCAGGAAUUCUGGGAAUUGAAAUACAUGCUGGCUCAUAAAUUCUGGGAGUGGAACUCCAUGUUUGUUCAGAAAUUCUGGGAGUUGAACACUAUGUUGGCUCAGAAACUCUUUGAGUUGAAGUCCAUGCUGGCUCAGGCAUUCUGGGAGUUGAAAUAAAGUUGUGAAGCCAACCAGAAGUUGAUCUGGAGGAUCUCCUUGGAAUGCUAAUUUCUUUCCUUGCAGGGUCCCUCAACCUUUGCAAGUUUGCAAAGAGUGAGAUGCUGCAGGUGAGGUCUUGAAGACUGGAAAAGAAGUGGGGGAAGCUGCAGGAAGGCGGGGUGGGGAGAGGAAGGAGAGAAGGAACAUGAAGUCUUUAAAAAUAGCCGAAGGGAAAGACUUAAGCAGCUGCUUAUCUUCGUGUCUCCUGUAGCUGCUAUUCAUCAAAAUUUCAUGCGUGUGCCCCCUGCCGUAUCAGCCUAGCAGGAGAGACUGCUAAAAGCAAGCCUUCUUCUCACUUCAUAACUUUCAAACAUCUCGGCCUUGCGUUGCUGUUUCUGGAAAGUCGGACGUUGGCUCCAGUGGUGGGAUUCCAAAACUUUUACUACUACUACUGUGGGCAUGGCUUGGUGGGCGUGGCAGGGGAAGGGUACUGCAAAAUCCCCAUUCCCUCCCCACUCCAGGGGAAGGGUACUGCAAAAUCCCCAUUCCCUCCCCACCCCACUAACCUACUUUCCAGCUCCGUUCUCCUCUGCAGGGCAACAAAAGAAGACCCAGCUGAUCAGCUGGAAGGCAGCAAUCGACCAACCACGCCCAUCAGCUGGGAAGGUGGGAGGCAGCAAACAGAUUGAUUGGGUGCCCCAGCCUUACAGGCUAAGCCUCCCUGCAGCCCCCUGGGAGCAAAAACGGGCUGCGGGGGGACUCAUGGAAGGGGCGGGGCGGUUGGGGGUGGGGCCAAUCAGAGGUGGUACUUGCCGGUUUGCCAAACUACUCAAAAUUUCCACUAGUGGUUCGUCAGAAUCAGUCUGAAUCAGCUGAAUACCACAUCUGGUUGGCUCCUCUGUAGGGUGACUGGGAGGAGGGGAAGAGGGGUCCCCACCCCACCCCAAAAAUUGUCUUGCUUGCUUCUUGAAAAAUUAAGCUGACUUGGAUGAUUCUCACGCUAGAAGGGUUGUUGUUGUUGUUGUUGUUGUUGUUUUUAUUUGAGCUAGCUCAUUGCCAGGGAGGGAAAUGAGGGUGGGCUGGAAAAUUCUGCAUACUUCCCACCCGCCCUCAAAAAAUUGUUGAUAGAUUCAGAUGGCUUUUCAGCCCUGCUUUCAGGACUUCUUUUAAAGGAGGGGGAAAAACUUUGGAUACCUAAAAUUUUAGGUAGAGUGUGAAGUUGAGGCAUCCUGGUUUGCAAAUGAGGGAGCCAGAUGUGUGUGUGUGUGUGUGUUUGUGUGUGUGUGUGUGUGUGUGUGUGUGACUGGGUGUGAAUGCCCUGCCUUUCGGCACACAGAUCCUUAACCAGUGCUCUGCACCCUUCCUGUCACUGCAGUGCCACUAUUUUGCUGCCAAUAUCCAGUGGCGCAAUCUCAGAGUGUUGGGAGAGGUGUAAAUGGGAAGACUGGGACCUGCGAGGAUCCACAGGUUGCCUUCUUUUGAUUCACAAGAAAGCUUUGCAAGAGGUCUCAAUUCAACGCUACCAAUCCCUGUAAUGUUAACAUAAGCAGAUUAAUAAAUUUCUGCACUUGCA